GUUACGCUCAGUUGUUAUCCGAUUGAGUAAGCGUAGGUUUUAAUUAUCUUGUUUCUUUCAGGAUUUUCGAAAAUGCGAGUCUCACAGACAGUGAUUAAAAAAAUACGCGAUAUGAGACCAAUUAAGGGAGCUCUUAUAGAUCUCAGUGGAACAUUACACAUCGAUGAUCAACCCACAGAGGCAGCACCAGAAGCCUUGGAAAGGCUAAGAGAUUUAGGUGUCACUGUGAAAUUCGUAACGAAUACAACGAAGGAGAGUGUAUUCUCGCUCUAUGAUCGUCUAAUCAGGAUAGGUUUUCGUUUAGAAAAGGAUGAAAUCUAUGGAUCUCUAUCUGCUGCAUCGAGAUACGUACAGAGCAACGAUCUAAACCCGUACUAUAUUCUCACGGAGGAUGCUCGCAGAGAUUUUCCUGCUAACACUCCGGACCGGCCCCUAAACGCCGUAGUUGUAGGGUUGGCACCAGAACGAUUUUCCUACCAAUACCUGAACGAAGCCUUCAGAAUUCUCCACGCGAGUAGGGGCACCGCUAAACUAAUUGCUAUUCACGAGGGAAAGUACUAUAAGGCGAAAGAUGGGAUCUCACUGGGGCCAGGAUGCUUCGUCAAGGGUCUGGAGUACAGCAGUGGUGUGCCAAGUGUUUGCAUCGGUAAACCAAACGCUUAUUUUUUCCGAUCCGCUUUGCCAGAGGGAUUGGAACCUCAAGAUUGUGUCAUGAUUGGUGAUGAUCCCAAUGACGAUUGCAUCGGUGCAAUGCAGAUCGGAAUGCGAGGCUUUUUAGUGGAGACGGGAAAAUAUCAACCGGAACUGCAAACAACGGGAAAAUUACCCGAAGUGACAGGCAUUUUCAAGAAUUUCAGCGCUGUAGUUGAUCAUAUUGUAGAAAAUAUUUAUAUGUAAUAAUGCAACACAUACUUCGCUUUCAUUUAGCAAACAGGUUUAUUCGAAGGUUGAACAACUAGUGAAGUUUAUUAGAAAGCUUACGUGCUAUUUAUACAAUUCUAAUGUUUCAUAGCUUACUAUAAUUUAACAUCCCCCCUUAAGCUAUAAUUUAUCAAUCCCCAAACUAUUUCUUGCUUCGAUGAAUUUGGGAACUGGAACAGCUUUCGUGAAGAUGUCUGCAGCUUGUUGUUUUGAGGAAACAUGGGACAAAACAAUAGCUUUCGAUUCCACCUGCUCUCGAACGAAGUGAUGGCGGAUAUCUAUGUGCUUGCUUCUUGAAGAGUAACCCAUCUCCUUCUCCGCCAGGUUUAUCGCACUCUUGUUGUCACAGCGAACCGGAAUUGCCAUAGACGUCCCAGUCAACUCCGCGAUAAGACCACGCCACCAUAUAGCCUCUUGAGUGAUGGCCGCCAAUGCCAUGUACUCUGCUUCCGUUGUGGAUAGAGCUACCGUCGGUUGUUUUCGAGAGCUCCAAGCCACCGCACCACCAUUAACCAGGAUAACGUAACCGCUUGUUGACCGCCUCGUUUCAGGAUCGUUACCCCAGUCAGCAUCGCUGAAAGCAUCGAACUGACUCGCGUGUUUCCUCGAGUAAACCAGUUUCAAGGAUUUCGUUCCGCGCAAAUACCGCAAGAUUCUCUUUGCUGCUGUCCAGUGGGCUUCUCCAGGAUUAGAACAGUAGCUGCUAACGGCAUUCACAGCAUGGAUGAUGUCCGGCCUAGUACAUUGGGCCAGAAACUGUAGACUCCCCAUCAGUUCACGGAAUGGAACACGCUUCAUCCGCUCCACUUCUUCUUCGGACUUUGGACACAUCUCUUUUGUCAAUUUCUGAGUGUGGUCCAAAGGGGUCUGAACAGGAUUACACUCCGACAUAUUGAACCUCGCCAGGAUAUCGUCGAUGUAGCUUUCCUGGUCAAUUCCAAUCUCGCCUUCUUUUCUGGUGAUUCGUAGCCCAAGGAUUUUUUGAGCCACUCCAAGAUCCUUCAUUUGGAAUUUUGAUGCUAACCCUUGCUUCACCUUAGUGACCAUCUUCUCAUCAUUUGAGAAAAUGAGGAAAUCGUCCACGUACACCGUCAAUAUCAGCACCUUGGAUCCUUCCGCUCGAUAGUAGACGCACGUGUCAUGUGCUGAUCGAGAUAGACCCAUCUUCCGCAAUUCCUUGUCCAGCUUACGAUUCCAGACCCUGCUAGCCUGUUUGAGACCGUAUAACGCUUUCUUCAGACGACAAACACGCUUCGUUCCGUCCUCGAAGCCUUCUGGUUGGCGCAUGUAAAUUUCUUCCCCCUGGAGUUCGCCCUGAAGAAAUGCUGUCACUGCAUCGAGUUGGUGGAUCUCCAAGUUCAGCUCAACCGCCUUCGCCAGCAAAUAUCGAAUUGUAGCGUAACGGACGACCGGAGAAUAGGUCUCCGAAUAGUCGAUGCCUUGGACCUGGGAACACCCUUUGAUAACCAGUCUCGCCUUGAACCUUUCAAUGGAACCGUCUGCGUUGGUUUUCACUUUGAACACCCACUUGUUAUUCAAAGCCUUUCGUCCUUCCGGUAAGUUGGCCAUCUCCCAGGUUCCAUUUCUCUCCAGCGACUUAUACUCCAUCUGCAUGGCCUCGGUCCAUCGUUCUCGUUGUGGAUGCCGCAUCGCUUCCUCGAAGCUUUCAGGCUCGAUGAUUGGCUGUGAAAGGGAAAUCUGCGGAAAUUUCUGGCCUAAUGCUGAUUUGGGAGAAAACUUGCCUGUGAUCGGGCGCUCCCGAUCACUGUGCCUCGAAUCAUGUUGCUCGCCAACGGACUCUUCUGAUCGUGAGGGGAGCGCAGUAGGUUUUCUUAAAUUGCGACGAACACCAUCAGUUUUCGGAUGCUGAGGAAAAUCGAAUUUCUUAGGGAAGACACUGUACGUAACUUCAUAAUCAGCAUACUUGCCUGGUAACCGGCGCUCCCUCGCGCUGCGCCUGACCACCCCCGUAGGCUGUGGAUCUUCUGAAUGCGGAGGGAGCGCAGAUGAUGCGCUGGUUGACUCCGCUCCAGAUUCCACCGUCGUUUCGUAGUCUUCGUCACCAGUGAAAGUUGAAUCACACCAGAUAGAUUCAUCUUCACUUGCCUCAUCCUCAAGCUCUUGUUCGAUUUCCGUUUCGACUGCUUCAGUCGAGAAUUCCACCAUCGGAGUUUCCGUUUCCGUUUCUGGCUUUUGGUUUUUCUCAACUCCCUCGCACAAAAAAAUCACGUCUCGGCUAACGAACACCUUACCAGUUCUUUCGUUGUACAUUCGGUACCCUUUGGCGUUGGUGGCAUACCCGAUGAAUAAACAGGAUUGAGAUUUCGGAUCCCAUUUCUUCCUUCUUACUUUUGGUACGUGAGCCAUCGCUGCUGUGCCGAAAACUCGCAGGUGCGACAGAUCUGGUCGAAUCCCUGUGAAUUUCUCUUCCGGCGUAACCUGGACUCCCUUGGAUGGCGAUCGGUUGAUUAAGUAAACCGCUGUACCAACUGCUUCGGCCCAAAAUCGUUUGUCCAUGCCAGCGUCGAACAGCAUUGCCUUCGCUCGCUCAAUGAUGCUUCGAUUCAUUCGUUCUGCCAACCCGUUUUGCUCUGGAUUGUACGGUACCGUCAAUUCGUGGCUGAUCCCAUUCGCCUUGAGGAACUUAAAGAACUUCUGCCCGACGUACUCCUUUCCAUUGUCACUUCUCAAACGUUUCAGUUUCAAACCUGUUUGAGUCUCGACGAACGCCUUGAAAUCUUGAAACGCGCUCAGGGCUUCUUUCUUGGAUUGCAAGAAAUAUACAAACGUCUUGCGGCUGCAAUCAUCGAUGAAAGUAAUGAAGUAUUUACUUCCACCGAUCGAUUCUUGCUCCAUCGGACCACACAGAUCCGAAUGAACCAACUCCAGAACUUCCUUGGCUCGGAUUCCCAACGCUUUGAAAGGCUGCCUUUGAUGUUUGCCCUCGAUACAUGGUACGCAAUGCUCCAUAUUUGCAUCACGGAACUUCACACCUGUGGCCAAAUUUCUCAACUGUUUCAGGCUCUGCACGUUCAAAUGACCCAAGCGACGAUGCCACAAUUGCAGUUCUCCUCCGGUAGCAGCAACACACGCAGUCGGCUUCCUGACCGCGUUCAGCUGAUAUAGACCACCAUCUUCUGCUCCCACCGCGACCAGCUCACCUGAGCGGACGUUGACCACUUCACAAGAAUCGCUCAUGAAGAUAACCUUAUGACCUCUUUUGCAGAUUUGGCUCACCGAAAGUAAGUUAACGGCGAUAUCUGGAACACAAAGAGUAUCAUUCAACGUAAGAGAGCAAGAUGUACCUUCAACUGCUGCUUCGAGUUCAACGUUUCCAAUGGCAACCACCGGAAUUUCAUCGCCGUUGGCCACGUGGAUGGUUUCCGACAUCUUUCUGCUGCCUGACAUCAUUUUUUCCUGACGACACAUGUGGGUCGUCGCCCCGGAAUCGAACAACCAUUUAUCGCACUGAUUUGGUUGCACCCUUGCUGAGAAAGCGGAAUUUCUGGACUGCUUCUUGAAAGGUCUGGAACUUCCUGGAUUGCUUUGAUCCUGUUUGCUCAGGCACUCCGAUGCAAAAUGCCCCAUUCUAUUGCACUUGAAGCAUUUUACAUUCGCUCUACCUUUGGACGACCGUUUUUGAUUGCUGAUAAAAGCACCUUCCGAAUUCGAAGAUUUUGCCACAGAAUGAACCUUUACAUCCUGCAAAAUCUUUGCCUUAACUGCAUCAGCCGUGAUGUUCGUCCCGGACGCCUCCAGCCCCAUUAUCAUGGGCUCAUAGUUCUCCGGCAAACCCAUGAGAAGGAUACUCGCCAGCCACGUAUCAUCCACCUUGAAUCCGACUUCUGCAAGCUUGUGAUUCGUCGACAUAAUUUCAUCGACAUACUGCUCCACGGACUUGCACUCCUCCAAACGAAUACUCGUUAGUUUCCGCAGCAGACCCAUUCUGCGGGUCAUUCCGCCGUCCUGGAAAGCACUCUUGAGAUUCGCCCACGCUUGAUGUGCAGUAGUUGCCUCCUGAACCAAGCUGUAGUUUAUUGGUUCUAUUCCAAGGCAAAUGGUAGCUAGCGCCCUCUGGGACACUUCCUGGUUCACCACGUCGUCAUCGUCCGCUUCCACGACACUCCAGCUUCCUUCGCGAAUCAAUACCAUUUUCAUGGCAAACGCCCAGGAACUAUAGUUCUCACGUCCUCGGAGCCUUUCUGUAACCGGCAGACUAACGUGACUUGCUCCGGCCCUCGGAACAACUGCCACUCGAUGAGAACUCUGGUCACUGGAAGUCAUCUCUGCUUCAAUGUUUAACACGUUUUUUUUUUCACACUUGACUUGAAAAAAUUUUCACUGUUGAAUCGAACAAACAAACCGCUAUAGCAACGGUUGUUAGGUAACGUUAACUGGGUCCAUAACCUAUUAGCAAACAGGUUUAUUCGAAGGUUGAACAACUAGUGAAGUUUAUUAGAAAGCUUACGUGCUAUUUAUACAAUUCUAAUGUUUCAUAGCUUACUAUAAUUUAACAAAGUCUAGUCUAAAUUAAAAGGAACUACAAAUAAAUCAAUAAAAAUAUGC